UCGCGGCGGCGCCGCGGCGGCGGGAUGGUGGCGCUGGUGGGCAGACGGCGCUACCGGCUCGGCGCCGAGAUCGCCACGAGCAGGUCCGGGAAGGUGCACCGCGGCGCGGACUGUGCGGCCGGCACGGAGGUGGCGAUCAAGGUGGAGCCUCCCGGCGAGUGCUCUCCGCGUCUGCCUCGCGAGGCAGCCGUGUACAUGGCCCUGGAGGGUGUCCGGGGCGUGCCUCGGCUCCACUGGUCGGGCAGCGAGGGCGGCGUCGGCGUCCUGGUCACGGAGCGGAUGGGGCCGACGCUCGAGCGCGUCUUCCGCGCCCACGGGCGCAGCCUGCGGCGCGCGCAGGUGGUGGACACGGCGCUGCAGGUUGUCAAUAUCCUGGAGCUGAUCCUGGAGGGUUCCACG